AGUGAUCUGCCCUUCAUCGGACUCUAAGAUGUCCCAGUCUACGGCUACUGAAGAAGGAGGCACCUUUGAGCACCUGUGGAGCUCCCUGGAGCCAGACAGUACCUACUUUGAGCUCCCCACAGGUAGCCAGCCUGGUGAGCGUCCAGUGCCUUCUACCAGCACCUCAGGGAGCCAUCACAGUGUUGCAGAGAGCUCCAUGGAUGUCUACCACAUGAGGGACAUGAAUGACAGUGUGAUGUCCCAAUACAACUUGCUGAGCAGUAGCAUGGAGAGCCUGAGGAGCCGUGCCACGUCCGCCAGCCCCUACAGCUCGGAGAACGCCUCCUCAUCGGCCGUGCCCACCCCCUCACCCUACUCGCAGCCCAACUCCACCUUUGAAGGCCUGUCGCCUGCCCCAGCCAUCCCCUCCAACACCGACUACCCUGGACUGCAUGCCUUCCAGGUGUCUUUUCAGCAAUCUAGCACCGCCAAGUCGGCCACAUGGACCUAUUCCCCCUUGCUGAAGAAGCUCUACUGUCAGAUUGCAAAGACUUGUCCAAUCCAGAUCAAGCUCUCCUCUUCUCCUCCCCAUGGCAGUAUCAUCAGAGCCAUGCCUGUCUACAAAAAGGCGGAGCAUGUCACAGAAGUUGUCAAACGCUGUCCCAACCAUGAAUUAGGACGAGAAUUCAACGAUGGUCAAGUAGCCCCAGCCAGUCACUUGAUCCGAGUGGAGGGAAAUAACCUCUGUCAGUACGUGGAUGAUCCUGUCACAGGACGUCAAAGUGUCUUUGUGCCCUAUGAGGCUCCACAGGUUGGGACAGAGUUUACCACCAUCCUAUAUAAUUUCAUGUGUAACAGCAGCUGUGUGGGCGGCAUGAACAGGAGACCCAUCCUUAUUAUCAUCACUUUGGAAACAAGGGAUGGUCAAGUAUUAGGCAGAAGGUCAUUUGAAGGUCGGAUAUGUGCAUGUCCUGGCCGAGACCGUAAAGCAGAUGAGGACCACUUCAGAGAACAACAGGCCCUGAAUGAGAGUGUGGCCAAAAAUGGCAGUGCAAACAAGCGCAACUUCAAACAGAGUCCAUCGAACAUCCCCAGUCCUAAUAUUAACAUGAGGAAGAGGCGGCAUGGAGAAGAGGAGAUUUACUAUAUUCCUGUUCGGGGCCGAGAGAACUUUGAGCUUCUGAUGAAGAUCAAAGACAGUUUGGAGUUGGUUGAGCUGGUGCCACAGCAACUGGUGGACUCCUACAGACAACAAGCGCAGCAGCAGCUACUGCAGAGACCGAGUCAUAUAGCAUCCCCAUCCUCUUUCUCGCCACUGUCCAACAUGAACAAGCUCCAUGCCCACGGAGGCUUCAGCAAACAGCCUACAGUCAACCAGCUGGUGGGGCAGCAGCCCCAACAACACCCUACUGCCCCUACCUCAAUAGCUCAUAUGGGUUCAAACAUACUCAACAGCCAUCAUAUGCAGGCCAACGGUGACCUGAACGGUGGCCACAGCAGUCAGACUGUAGUUUCUGCCUCCCACAACAGCCCACCCCCUCCAUAUAACCCUGACCCUGGCCUUGUCAGUUUUCUAACCAGUCUGGGCUGUCAAAACAUCAUUGACUACUUCACCUCCCAAGGCCUCCAGUCUGUCUACCAUCUGCAGACUCUCUCCAUGGAGGAUUUGGGUGCAUUAAAGAUACCAGAGCAGUACCGCCUUGCCAUCUGGCGGGGACUGCAGGACAUGAAACAAGGUUCUUCCCUCCAACUGCCUGCUUCUACUCAUCAUCAUGACUAUCAUGGUCAGCAGCUACUUCGCUCCAGUAGCAACAUGGCUGCUUCUGCCAUGGCAGCCAUCGGAGCUGCCAGCGGGGAACUGCAACGUCAGCGUGUCAUGGAGGCUGUGCACUUUCGUGUUCGUCACACCAUCACAAUCCCCAACAGGUCAGGAGUUGUUGGGUCGACGGGGAUGGCAGCAGCUACUGACGAGUGGGCUGACUUUGGUUUUGACAUGCCUGACUGCAAAUUGUCACGCAGCAAGCACUCCAUCAAAGAGGAGUUCAUGGAGAGUGAUGUUCACUGA